UGGCUGCCCCUGAUGCAGAGUGUCCGGCAUAGCUCUAAGGCAGUCACACGUCACAGGAAGUACAUGCACAUCCUCAAACAGAAGCUGAUGACUGUCACUGAAUACAUUCCACCCAAACCUACGGCUCCCCCAGGGGCUCUGACCCUCCAGGUCAAACCAGUUCAGAAGGUCAGUGAAGUCCAGCGCAUGUGUUUAUAACUCAAAAACAAGCACAAGCAAUCCACCAACAUCUAUAUUUGUGCAGUGCUGAAAGGAGAGCUCCUCCAUCCGGUCAGUUAGGAAUAGUAGUGAUGUGAGCUAGUAUCGAGAUGUGGGCUGAUUUAUGAGUCCUGCUUUAUUCACAGGAAUGUGGCCUGGUGUUGCUCUUGAAGAAGGAAUUGCAGACCAUGUUCCAGGACUCUAAGAUGAUCGCUGUGAUCCAAAACAAUGCCACCAAUUCAGAGGACAUGCUGCUUCUCAAGCACAGGCUCUACUAG